AAGCAGCAGAGGAGCAAUCGGCAGCAGCGUGGAAAUCAACAUCGUUGCGAACUUAUGUAGACAGCCAAAAGUUGACGCCAUAGGCCAGACGAUAGACGAUAGACGAGAGACAAGAGCCAAGGCUUCUGCUCCCUUGGCCCCUUGAUUGGAUAAUUGAAAUCAAGUCAAUCACAAACGAGGAAUCAUUAUCAAAAAUUGCUGAAAAAUUAGUAGUAUGUCCUAGUAUUUACUGCUAUAUAGUUUUGCGUGGAAUUUGGAGCAGGAGCAGCUGAAGCAGCAGCAAAUGCGUCAGCAUGGCGUCCGGAGACGACACCAUUGACAUGGACAGCUCCUCGACAUCGCAGGCGAAACUGGCGGAAACGAAUGCCUCCACCGACCAUGUGGGUAACUCAUCACCCGACCUGGGCAAUCGGCCCUUGCGCUCGGCCAACAAAGCGGACAAGGAGCGAAAACUUGGACAUCGACGGGUCGGAGAAGGCGGUGAGAUUACCUAUAAGAAGAUACAGACAUCGCAAAUUAUGGGAUCCAUACAGCUGGGCAUACAGCAUACGGUCGGCAGUCUGGCUUCAAAGCCAAAACGUGAUCUACUUAUGAUGGACUUCUGGGAAAUCGAGAGCAUUACGUUUCCGCCAGAGGGUUCUAGCCUUACACCUGCCCACCAUUAUAGUGAAUUCAGAUAUAAGAUCUAUGCACCCAUCGCAUUUCGUUAUUUUCGUGAUUUGUUUGGCAUACAGCCCGAUGAUUUUAUGAUGUCUAUGUGUACUUCGCCGUUGCGCGAAUUAUCAAAUCCAGGUGCUUCCGGCUCAAUAUUCUAUUUAACGGACGACGAUGAGUUCAUUGUCAAAACGGUGCAACACAAAGAGGGUGAAUUUUUACAAAAACUACUGCCUGGUUAUUAUAUGAAUCUCAAUCAAAAUCCGCGCACUUUAUUGCCGAAGUUCUUUGGACUUUACUGCCUGCAGACGAGCAAUGCCAAAAACAUUCGCCUGGUGGUCAUGAACAAUCUGUUGCCAUCUUCGGUGAGAAUGCAUCUAAAGUACGAUCUCAAGGGUUCGACGUUCAAGCGGAAGGCAUCGAAAGCGGAACGUGCUAAGAAAUCGCCAACGUAUAAGGAUCUCGACUUUAUGGAACAGCAUCCAAAUGGCAUAUUCCUGGAGGCGGAAACAUAUUCAGCUCUCAUUAAGACCAUUCAAAGGGAUUGCACAGUGCUGGAAUCUUUCAAGAUCAUGGACUAUUCGUUGCUGCUGGGCGUGCACAACUUGGAUGUGUCACUCAAGGAGAAAAAGAGUGAGCAUAGAAAGCCAAUGAGAGCACCGCUUGCCGAGGACUCCGACGUGGAUGAGCCCCUCGACGGUGCAGAGGGAGAAACCAGAGAACGUGACGUCGCCACGGGCAUCAACAGAAACAAUGUGGCAUACAGAUCGGUGAAUCGACAGCGUCUCGUGGCACAUUCCACGGCCAUGGAGAGCAUUCAGGCGGAAAGCGAACCCAUCGACGAUGAGGAGGAUGUGCCGCCUGGAGGCAUUCCAGCUCGUAGCGAGAAAGGGGAGCGUUUAUUGCUCUACAUUGGCAUCAUCGACAUACUGCAAUCUUAUAGGCUAAAAAAGAAGCUGGAGCACACAUUCAAAAGCAUUAUACACGAUGGGGAGACCGUUUCGGUGUGUCGGCCCUCGUUCUAUGCUCAAAGAUUUCAAAACUUUAUGGCUAAAACCGUAUUCCGCAAGAUACCAUCGCUGGAUCUCCCAGAGAUCAAAGGAAAUCACAGAAAAUUUCGUACCUUGGUAACCAGUUAUAUAGCUCUAAAGCAUUCGCCGUCGAAGAGAAAAAGCCUCUCCAAGGCCAUACAGCGUUCCAUAGACAGCGAGAGCGAGGCAAUAAGACCUUCGCACUCCCAUAGCAGCGGCAAAAUCCAUCAGCAAACGAAAGCAUCAAACACAGAAUCCACGCCAGCCAUCUCGGAGCGGGAUCGAGACAGAGAUCGGGAUCGGGAUCGAGAUAGGGAGCGGGAUCGAGAUAGGGAGCGGGAUCGAGAUAGGGAGCGGGAUCGGGAAAGUGGGCGUCACUCGAGUGCCACUAGCCAGAGUAAUGUGCCACCGCCUGUGAGGCAGCGAGCUUCAACCUCAACGACGGCAGCCACGGCGGCGGCAAGCAACCUGAAGGCGCGUGUGCCACCUCCAGUGCCGCCGAGAGGAUCGCCGCGACGGAAGGACACACAGGACAGUAGGGCGCACUCAACUACACCAGGCACAACUCCAUCAUGCAGUUCAACACCUCCCCCUGCCUUUGACGACAUCUCCGAGGACAGUUCGAACAAGAACAGCACAUCGUCGAUGGGUCGUAGGUCGCAUCAUCAACAGCAACAUCAUCAUCAUCAUCAUCAGCAACAACAGCAACAGCAGCCAAGCCAGCAACAUUAUUACCAACAACAGCCACAGUAUUUGGAACGCAAAAUGAACAUUGGCCCCGCCUAUCGAGGCUCCUACAAGGAGGACAUAGUUAGCGUAUCUGAGGUGCAUCUGGACACGUUUCUGGCGGUGGACACAUCGUCGAGCAGUCAUUAUGGAUCACGUGGUGGCCUGGCCUGGACGCCACCGGCAUCAGGUGAGGGCUCGACACCCACUUGGACAGAGGGCACACCCAGUUUUACGGACUCCAGUUCGAGUGGUGAUCUCGACAACUUCUCGCCCAUAAACUCAUCUAAAAUCGAUCGACACAAGCCGACGGUGGAAGAUGCCAUCAACUCUCUGUCCUCGGGAAUGAUCAACUAACAUAGCAUGCGAUGAUGGAUGAAAUGACACACAGAUCACAACAACAACAACAUCAAGAACAACAACAACUACUUCUUAUAUACAUGGUGCGAAUAGAUAUUGAAUUGAUAUUGACAUGUCUGUGCAUGUCAAUGCUUGCAUGCUCAGGUACAGACGUGCGCAAAUACUCCCGAUAGCUAUAUGUAUGCUGUACAUAUGUAUUUGAGUGUGUGUGUUUGUAUAGCUAGGAUAUAAUCAAAAGUAUAGCGCCCCUCGUAGAAAAUCCAUGUACCACAGAUUUACACACUGUCCUGUCCUCCACAUCCACAUUCAACUAAAAAAGAAACAACAACAAUAUCUACUAUAUAGACGCAUUCGUAUAUACACGGGAUACCAACAACAGAUAUCGUUCAAGAAGUAUACAAAGAGAUAAGCAAAA